UACACCCCGCUGCACAUUAUACCACAAAACCAGGUUUCAUCUCAGAUCUUACUCACAUCUUAACCUCAUCUGCUUCAUGUUCAGACCUCACCUUCUACAAAAACACCAACCAUGAUGAUUCAAAUCUCUCUGUUGCUCAUCUGCAUGCUUUUCUCCACAGCGCUGUCACUGAAAUGUCAUCAGUGUGUAUCAGCAUCGUCUGUAUGUACCAAUCAAGAGAUAAGCUGUCCGGAUCAGUGCGUCACUGCCACUUCGAUUGUGCAGGCAAUAGGUGUUGCAAAGACGACAGAUAUCAACCUAAAGGGUUGCGGUAGCGCAGAGGAGUGUACAAAAAAGAGCAUGAACCUGGGAGUGAUGAAAAUGGUCUACAGUCCCAAAUGCUGCAAAACUGAUUUCUGCAACAGUGAAACACUUCAAGAUCUACCCAAGCAGGUGCCCAAUGGGAAAAACUGUUACACCUGUGGUUCUGACGGCUGCUCAGAGAUAAUGAACUGUGAAGGAAUUGAAGAUCGCUGCAUCACUACAUUAAUUCAACAAGGGAGCAACACAGUGUCAAUGAAAGGAUGUGUUUCCAAGAACCUCUGUGUUUCGUCUGAAUCACUGAACGUGCCAGGAUUCGGCACAAUGAAGAUGGAGUGUUGUAAAGGGAAUCUGUGUAAUGGUGCUGAGAGCUUCACACUGAAUUUCCUCUUCAUGAUCGUCCCUCUGCUGUCCUCCAUCCUCUUCUACUGAGCUCUGAGCUGAUGGAGAAAGUCAUUACAAUUAUUAUCUAAUAACAUGAAACCCAGAGGUUCACUGAUUUUUUGUUUGUUGGUUUUAGGGUUUCAUGUAGUAUAUACCUUCUGUGCAUACAUAUAUAUGUUAUGUCCUGUUCGAUAUUUCAAGCAUAACGUAUCAGAUGUGUUCUAUUAAGAGGCUGUGUGAUGAUAAUGAAACAUUUAUAGGCAGAACUAAUCACAAAAAAACAAUUCAAUUACAAAGUCCAGUAAUAAACUGAAUGUUAUUCAGGUUUAUAGAUUUUUUGUUUUUUACCAUUUUUUUUUAUUGUAACCUGUCCACUGAACAUUUUUUUAUUAGCAAAUGCCUUAUUGUGAGAGAAUCAGACUACUUUAUUGUCAAGAUGUUAAUUCUGCUUAUCAAAUAAAGAAACAUACAAACAUG